AUGGUCAAGCGAAGCAAGCUCCUCCAGGCGCUCGACGCCCACAAGGGUCGGGACUUUGACGCUGAGAAGCAGAAGAAAAUGAUCAAGGCUGCGGAGAAGAAGAAGGCCAGCAAGAAGACUGCUUCUACCCCCGAGGACAAGCCUGUUGUGGAGGAGAAGAAGGAGGAGGAAGAGGCCGCCAGCUCUGACGCCGAGGAGGAAGAAGAAGAGGAAGAAGAAGAUGUCGACGAGGACGAGGAAAUGGAGGACGAAGAGGAGGAAGAAGACAUUCCUCUCUCCGACCUCGAGGAAGACGAGCGCGAGGAUGUCGUUCCCCACCAACGUUUGACAAUCAACAACUCCUCCGCGAUCAGCGCCGCCCUCAAGCGCAUCUCUUUCAUUGGCCCCCAGACCCCAUUCUCAGAGCACAACUCGCUAGUCUCGAAAGAGCCGAUCGAGAUCGAAGACCCUAAUGACGACCUGAACCGCGAACUGGCUUUCUACAAGGUCUGCCAGGCUGCUGCUACCGAUGCCCGUGGCCUACUGAAGAAGGAGGGCAUUCCCUUCACCCGUCCGGGUGAUUACUUCGCCGAGAUGGUGAAGAACGACGAGCACAUGGGCUUGAUCAAGAAGAAGCUGUACGAGGAGGCUGCUGGCAAGAAGGCUGCUGCUGAGGCACGCCGCCAGCGUGAUCUUAAGAAGUUCGGCAAGCAGGUGCAAAACGCCAAGCUGCAACAGCGACACAAGGAGAAGCGCGAGAUGUUGGAGAAGAUCAACACCUUGAAGAAGAAGCGCAAGGCUGACACCUCUGCUCCUACCGACGAUGCCAAUGAUAUGUUCGAUAUUGCCGUUGACGAAGCCAGCCAGCCCGAGAAGCGUGGCCGUGACGGUGGUGGCAAGCGCCAGAAGAAGGACGCCAAGUUCGGAUUCGGCGGCAAGAAGCGCCAUGCUAAGAGCGGUGAUGCUGCGUCCAGUGGUGAUCUGAGCAACUUCUCUGCUAAGAAGAUGAAGGGUGGCUCAAAGCGCCCUGGCAAGAGCAAGAGAACCGCUGCGAAGGGACGCAACUAA